GAGGAAGCUCUGUGCCUGGAAAGGACCCGCCGCCAUCUCAGGUCUCGGCCUCGCCGGGCCCACUAGAGAGAGCUGACGCCCAGUCCUAUAAUCCUUAUGGGGGACCAACCUUGUGCCUCCGGGAGAUCCACACUCCCACCUGGAAAUACCCGGGAAACCAGGCCUCCAAAAAAGCGCUGCCUCCUAGCUCCACGGUGGGAUUAUCCAGAAGGAACCCCCAACGGAGGUAGUAACCCUCUUCCCUCCGCACCUUCUCCUGCAUCACCGGGCCUGAAAUCGCACCCUCCUCCUCCGGAGAAGUAGUAGAAUAUACUUCUCCCACCCCAAACCAG